AUGGUAAUUCCUAUUGUCAGGUUUCAGUCUCGAAACAUCCUCCGCCGUACACCAUCUAUCCUCCGAGAAUAUACGUCCAUUCGUUGUUUGUCGCAAUGGCGAACUCUUCAACCGCAUAGCGCAUCCUUUACACCACCUGCAACAUUUCCCUUCAUCCCGAGACAGCAAAGACUAUAUAACUCCACUGAGAGCUUGCAAACUGCAGCACAAAGUCUAGAAACAUGGGCUCUUCCCGAAACAUGCCAUGGUUGCGGCGCAUUAACGCAAUGGGUAUAUCCUAAGGAGCCUGGGUAUUAUACUAUAACUCGGAAACCUGUGAAGCAAUAUAUUCGACAGGCCACGAAGGAAAAGGAAUCAGAUGGAAGUUCUUCUUUCGAGCUAGAGACCGAGGAUAAACUCACCUCGGAAUCCAAAGAGUCUAAAGACAUAGCAAUUCCACUCUGUGACCGAUGCCACAAUCUAAUCAACCAUGGAGAAGGGGACCCAAUACCAUACCCUACGUUAUCUUAUAUACGCGACUUAAUCGAGGAAUCGCCCUUCCAUAACAACUAUAUUUACCAUGUUCUCGAUGCCGCCGAUUUUCCACUCUCCGUUAUCCCCAAUCUCGAAAAAUAUGUGCCGUUACAACCUCAGCGCAGCCAAAACCGAAGGUCGCAUACGAAGAAGUAUGGAUCUAGUCGAUAUCUAGCGGAGCUUAAUUUCGUUAUCACCCGAGCUGACCUACUUUCGAAUGUGAAGCCUCAAGCAGAUUCGCUAAUGAAGAAUAUGGUCGAGAUCUUGCGACAAACUUUGGACCGCAAAGAACAUGGUAUCAGGCUAGGAAAUGUUCAUAUGGUUAGCUCCUAUAGGGGCUGGUGGACAAAGGAGAUUAAAGAAGACAUCUGGAACCAGGGCGGUGGCGUAUGGAUGGUUGGGAAGGCAAAUGUUGGCAAAAGCAAACUGAUAACAUCGGUUUUCCCAAAGACGGCACCUGCAUACAAGGCCAGAAAAAUCCAAAAUUACAAAGGAGUGACUAUAAUAGGCCGUUCUACUCCUCCAGAUGAAACAGAUGUUACAGCAGUUGAGGAGCUGGAUGGUGGAGAGGACGGAGUCGCUGUCUUGCUUCCGCCGCUACAAAAGGAAGUUCCUUUUCCCAAUCUCCCGAUUGACUCUGUCCGUCCUGGAACCACUGCUUCUCCCAUCAGAAUACCAUUUGACAAGCACCGGGGAGAGGUUAUUGACCUACCUGGACUUUUCCGCUCCAACCUCGACGAGUUCGUACAAGACAAGCAUAAGUCCGACCUUGUGAUGACGAGCCGCCCGAGGCCAACCCAACUAACAAUCAAACCCUCUCAGUCGCUUCUUCUUGGAGGCCUGAUCGGAAUUAAGCCAUUGGAAGAGAACGAGAUUUUUCUGGCCUCCCCCUUUGUUUCUCUGGAAGCACAUGUUACUCACAAAGACAAGGCAGCUGAGAUGCUGGCUCAACAAAGAGAAUGCCCCACAGGAAACAUUGCAAAAGAAGGUAUCGGGGAGCAAAUCACCUCUGCUGGGAUAGUUGAAUUGAAGUAUGAUGUGACAGCCAGAUACGCCAAACCUCUUCCUAAUGGAUCCUUGCCAUCAUUAUACCGCAUAAUGGGAGUCGACAUCCUUAUCGAGGGCUGUGGAUGGAUAGAGCUUACUUGCCAAGUCAGGACUAGGACAAGAGAACCGGAUGAUUUCCCUAAAGUCGAAUUGUUCAGCCCUCAGGGGAAGUUCGUUGGCAGCCGGAUGCCAUUGAGCACAUAUGCCUUCACCCUGAAGCACCGAGCGCAGGAGGAAAACAAGCGUAUGACCAAAUCAACGCGCCCUGCGGUAAAAUCGCACACCCGAAGACAUUAA